CGGCAAUCGUUGGAUCACUGAGCACCGUAGCCGAACCGAUAACGUAACGCUCGCAGCCAUAAUGGAGCUUCCGACGGCGAUUCCCGACGCCCAAGUGGAGUGCACCCAGCUCUUCAUCAACGGUGCCUUCGUGAACGCUUCGAGCGGCAAAACGUUUCCCGCGCUCAAUCCGGCCAACAACAAGAAGCUCGCCGACGUUCAAGAGGCAAGUCCCGCCGACGUAGACAAGGCGGUUGCCGCCGCGAGAGCCGCUUUCAAACCAGGUUCGCCAUGGAGGAGAAUGGACGCCGCGCAACGUGGUCGUCUCUUGAACAAAUUGGCCGAUCUUGUCGAGAGAGAUAUUGCUUAUCUCGCGAGUCUGGAAUGCCUCAACAACGGCAAGCCCUAUCAAUUCGCCGUGGGUGACGUGCAUUCAGCGAUCAAUUUCCUCCGCUACAACGCUGGCAUCGCCGACAAAAUUCAUGGUCGUACUAUUCCGGUCAACGGAGAUUUUUUCUGCUACACCCGCUACGAACCUGUGGGCGUCUGCGGUCAGAUCCUCCCGUGGAACUUCCCCCUGAUGCUAACAUGCAUGAAGCUGUCGGCGGCCAUCGCUGCCGGCUGCACCGUCGUCAUCAAACCGGCUGAACAAACCCCGCUCACGGCUCUCUACUUGGCCAAGCUUACGGUGGCCGCCGGUUUUCCAAACGGAGUGAUCAACGUUGUUACCGGCUACGGCAACGUCGGAGCCGCCAUCAGCGGACACAUGGACAUCAACAAAGUCUCGUUCACGGGCUCGACCGAAGUCGGUCAGCUCAUCCAACAAGCUGCCGGCAAAUCCAAUUGCAAGAGAGUCACUCUGGAAACCGGCGGCAAGAGCCCGCUGGUCAUAGCCGAAGACGCUGAUUUGGAUCAGGCUGCCCUGAUCGCGCACAACGGGCUCAUGUUCAACGCCGGUCAGUGCUGCAUCGCUGCGAGCCGUCUGUUCGUUCACGAAUCCGUCUACGAGGAGUUCUGUAAAAAAUCCGUAGAGCUCGCGAAAAAACGCACGGUCGGAUGUCCUUUCAAGUGCUUGGACCAGGGACCUCAGAUCGACAAGGAGCAGACCGAUAAAAUCAUGGAGCUCAUCGAGUCGGGCAAGAAAGAAGGCGCGAGAUUGCUCUGCGGCGGCGGGAAGAUCCCCGGGCCUAGCGAUCUGUACGUGCAGCCUACAGUGUUCGCCGACGUGACGGACAACAUGAGGAUCGCCAAGGAAGAGAUUUUCGGACCAGUUCAGCAAAUUCUCAAAUACAAAACGCUCGACGAGGCCAUAGAGAGAGCCAACCAGACUCAUUAUGGUCUCGCGGCGGGAAUCGUCAGCAAGAACGUUGACACCAUCCAGAAGUUUGCCCAGAACAUCCUCGCCGGAACGGUCUGGGUCAACACGUACGCCGUCGUCGCUCCGCAGACGCCUUUCGGGGGUUUCAAGAUGUCGGGCAUGGGGAGAGAAAACGGCGUUGAAGGGGUUUUGGCUUACUGCGAGGUGAAGACUGUUACGAUGGCUCUUCCGGAAAAGCUGUCGUGAGAAAUUCCACGGUAACGAAUGGCCGAGCUGACGAAUAGCUUUUCGAGCUCCUCUGGCGAGAGGACGCCGAGUGCCCGGCUGCUCCUCUCCCAGAGGAGCUUGUCGGCCGCUCCAUGCUCGCAUGUUUAAAUAAAUUCAAUGGGUGAUCCCAAUGACCGA